UGAGAUUCUCUCUUUUGUGUGCGCGCGCGCGCCCCCAAGACAUCCUCUCACUGUGACCAAAGGACCCUCCCCCGAAGGAUGGGUCGGACAAUAUUGGGACGAAGAGUCGACAACUGUGGAUUCCGUUAAGUGAGGACAAUGCAGUCCCUGCAGAGCUGUAUCAUCCUCAUGGUCCUCGUUGACUUGUCGAGGUCUCUGAGCCCGAGGGAUCCCAAUGUCUGCAGCCUAUGGGAGAGUUUCACAACUUCUGUGAAGGAGUCGUUCUCACACCCUUAUGACCAGGUAACUGCGGAGCCCUGCUCUGACCCCCGAAGCUCCUACAGAUGCACCCGCCACAGGAUUACCUAUAAAACAGCAUACCGGCAGGCCGUGAAGAUGGACUAUCGUAAGAGGUAUCAAUGCUGUCCUGGUUACUACGAAAGCAGUGAAAAAUGUGUCCCUCGUUGUACCAGAGAGUGUGUCCAUGGACGUUGUGUUGCUCCAGACCGCUGCCACUGUGAGGGAGGUUGGCGAGGCAAUGACUGCUCAAGUUCCUGUGACAGUAAUCAAUGGGGUUCAGACUGCGGUCAGCUGUGCAAGUGUGAGAACGGCGGACUGUGUGAUCCUGUCAGCGGUACCUGCCAGUGUCCCGCUGGAUUCAUAGGGCGCAGCUGCAAAGACCCCUGCCCCACAGGCACGUUCGGCAAGGGCUGUCUACAGAAGUGCCAGUGCGGAACUGGGGGGUCCUGUGAUAAAAUGGCCGGAGAAUGCAUCUGUCGCAGUGGCUUCACAGGGACACUUUGUGAGGAGGCGUGCCCAAGGAGCAGAUGCCCACUCCGAUGCCCAUGUCAGAAUGGGGGCAUCUGCCAGGGAAAGGGGGUCUGUGCCUGUCCUCAUGGCUGGACGGGUGCGGUGUGCACUGAGCGUUGUGCAGAGGGAAGGUUUGGGCCAAACUGCGUCCAUGAGUGUGUGUGUCACAACGGGGGCCACUGUGAUCCUGAGACUGGCCAGUGCCAGUGUGCUGACGGCUUUACCGGAACAAGGUGCAGUGAGGAGUGUUCGGUCGGCAGCUAUGGGCAGGACUGUAAAGGCGUGUGUGACUGCGCCAACGGAGCGCGCUGCUACAACAUCGACGGAGGCUGUCUGUGCGAGCCGGGCUUCAGUGGACCACACUGCAGGGAGAGGAUGUGUCCUCACGGCACCUACGGCCUUUCCUGUGAACACAGCUGCCUCUGCAAUGACAAGAACACGCUCAGCUGUCACCCUAUGAAAGGCGAGUGCACGUGCCAGCCAGGCUGGGCAGGACUCCACUGCAACGAAACGUGUGCUCGUGGUUUCUAUGGCCACGGUUGCCUUGGGCCCUGCCUGUGUGUGAACGGAGGCAUGUGUGACACCGUGAGCGGACACUGUCAGUGUGUCGCUGGGUACACGGGGGAUCACUGCGAGAGUCCCUGUAAGAGUGAAACGUAUGGGAAGAACUGCUCACUGGAGUGCUCCUGUACCAACGCAGUGGACUGUUCGCCUAUUGACGGGACGUGCUUCUGUAAAGAGGGGUGGAGAGGGCGAGACUGCUCCGUCCCCUGCUCAGAGAGCACCUGGGGCCCGGGCUGUAAUGCCACCUGCCAGUGCGCCAACGGGGCGUCGUGUAACCCUGCAGAUGGAUCCUGCGCCUGCAUGGCAGGCUGGCAGGGGGCCCUGUGUGACCAGUCAUGCCCGAUGGGCACGUUUGGGCCAGGCUGCCUGAAGAGGUGUGACUGUCGCCAUGCCGAUGGGUGCCAAGGUGCCAGCGGGCAGUGCCAGUGUCUGCCAGGGUGGACGGGUUCCCGCUGUACCCUUCCAUGCCCAGAGGGUAUGUGGGGCCGCAACUGUGAACAAACGUGUUCCUGUCAGAAUAGCGCCACCUGUCUGCCUCAUAGUGGCGCGUGCGUUUGCCGGCCAGGCUACUGGGGCCCUCUCUGUCAACAGAUCUGCAGUGCGGGCAGGUAUGGUGACCAGUGUGGUAACACGUGCCCGUCCUGUGUCCACUCCUCCUCAUGCCACCAUGUGACGGGCCAGUGUGUGUGUGCGCCCGGCUACACCGGAGUUCUCUGUGAACAUGAAUGUCCAGUGGGUCUCUAUGGCAAGCAAUGUACAGGAACGUGUAGAUGCGCCCAUAACUCAACAUGUCACCACCAAGACGGUUCCUGCCACUGUCCAUCUGGUUGGACCAGCCCCGACUGCUCCUCACAGUGCCAACCCGGGAAGUUUGGUGCAAACUGUGCCCAGACGUGCUCUUGCCCUCCCAACUUCUUCUGUGACCCACAGACCGGAGAAUGUGUCUGUGAAACAGGACCAGGCGUCGACUGCAAACAAGAGCGCUUUGUCAGCGUGAUGGUGCCCAUGUCCCCGGGUGAACGAGACUCAUGGGGGGCCAUUGCUGGGAUCGUGGUGCUGGUCAUCCUGGUGGUGCUGCUCCUGGUGCUUCUGCUGCUCUACCGCCGCAGGCAGAAGGAGAAGCAGACCAACACUCCCACCGUGUCCUUCUCCACCACACGCACCUCAAACUCUGAAUACGCCGUGCCAGAUGUUCCUCACAGUUACCACCACUAUUACUCCAACCCCAGCUACCACACGCUGUCCCAGAGCAGACCUCCUCUACCACACUUCCCUAACAACCAUGGCCGUGCCAUCAAGAACACAAACAACCAACUGUUCUGCAGCGUGAAGAACAUGGAGAGGGAAAGGCGGGGCUUGUUUGGGGCAGAGAGCAAUGCAACUCUGCCUGCUGACUGGAAGCACCAUGAGACCCGUAAAGACCCAGGAGCUUUUGGAAUUGAUCGAAGUUACAGCUACAGCGCCAGCCUUGGGAAAUAUUACAACAAAGAGCUGAAGGACACGGUGGCGGCGAGCAGCAGCUCUCUGAACAGUGAGAACCCGUACGCCACCAUCAAAGACCUGCCGGGGCCGCCCUUCUGCUCGCAUGAAAGCAGCUACAUGGAGAUGAAGUCAGCCAUGCCUCGUGAGCGGUCCUACACUGAGAUCAGUCCUCCGCCGUUCCACACGGCCACCCUGCGCAGAGAACGCAGUUCCCUUGGCAACGUCCCAGAGGUGGAGCCUCAGAAUCACUACGACCUGCCGGUUAACAGCCACAUCCCAGGACAUUACGACCUGCCACCUGUACGCAGACCACCAUCGCCCACACGCAGGAGACCCCCUCAAUGACACAUCUUUCUCCUCGCAGCACUCACUGGACAUGCAGGACAGGGAGGGGCUCCUCAGAAGCAGGACAUAUGGGGAGGUUUCUUGUACUAGCAAGAACAUUGUGACAUUGUAACACUGCCCUCCUGUGGAUCAAUGGUCAAACUUCAGGUUGAUGACAAACUUGGGAUCCAGACUGCAGAGCCAGGAAAAGUUUAAACGGAUUGCCAAGAUGCUGAUGUGGCAGUUUGAAGAAACUCAAAACAUUUGAGUUCUUACGUCAGUUUCUUUCUAAUGUCAUUGUCUCGUACUGCUCAAAGAAUUCUAAAAACUUGAGAUUUGGCACAUUUCUAGGCAUUGUCAGCAAUUGUGUAACCUUGACGUUUUUUAUAUUCAAAUCAGCUUCAGUCAAUUCAAAUGCCUUUUUAGUUCCUACUUCAUAGUCCGUAUUAUAUGUAAAAAAUGUAAACAAAUUGUCAAUGCAGAAAAGAUAAAAGCACAUUUUGUACAGACGUACAUAAAGUUAAUCAUCGUAAGAAUGUUCAUUAUUGUAGAAAAAAACGUGUGUAUAUAUUGUAAAUAAAAUAUGAACUGAUUUGAA